UAUUAUUAUAUAUUUGGUACGCCAAAGUGCGCCAUAUUAAGCUCUCCUCCGGAGAUACAGAGAAGAAGAAGAAGAAGAAGAAUACGACGACCAAGGAAAUGGCUUUGGCAAGCUUCGCGAGAAGGAAGGCCUACCUCUUCCUCUCCAGAAACCCCUCCAAUUCCAGCUCCCUUGUUUUCAACUACUCCCACUCCCUCACUCCCUCCUCCAGGGGAUUUGCCUCCUCCGGAUCUGAUGAGAACGAUGUCGUCGUCAUCGGAGGUGGUCCCGGAGGAUACGUCGCCGCCAUCAAAGCCGCCCAGCUCGGCCUCAAGACCACCUGUAUCGAGAAGCGUGGGGCCCUCGGCGGUACCUGCCUCAACGUCGGCUGCAUCCCUUCCAAGGCCCUUCUGCAUUCCUCCCACAUGUAUUAUGAAGCCAAGCAUGCAUUUGCCAACCAUGGAGUAAAGUUUUCUUCUGUUGAGGUUGAUUUACCUGCCAUGUUGGCCCAAAAGGAUAAAGCUGUUACUAAUCUUACUCGAGGUAUUGAAGGCCUAUUCAAGAAAAACAAGGUGAACUAUGUCAAGGGCUAUGGCAAGUUCAUUUCCCCCUCUGAAGUUUCUGUGGACACCAUUGAUGGUGAUAACACCAUUGUUAAAGGUAAGAACAUCAUAAUUGCCACUGGUUCUGAUGUCAAAUCUUUACCUGGGAUCACCAUUGAUGAGAAGAGGAUUGUAUCAUCAACGGGAGCUUUAGCUUUGUCUGAAGUGCCAAAGAAACUUGUUGUCAUAGGAGCCGGCUACAUUGGCCUGGAGAUGGGCUCAGUCUGGGGCCGGCUUGGCUCUGAGGUAACUGUUGUUGAGUUUGCCCCAGAUAUUGUCCCAACCAUGGACGGGGAAAUUCGUAAGCAAUUUCAGCGUGCUCUUGAGAAGCAAGAAAUGAAAUUCAUGCUCAAGACUAAGGUGGUAGGAGUUGAUACUUCUGGAGAUGGUGUGAAGCUGACACUCGAACCAGCAGCUGGUGGUGACCAGACCAUACUUGAAGCCGAUGUUGUUCUUGUCUCUGCUGGCAGGAUUCCAUUCACAGCAGGACUAGAUCUGGAGAAAAUAGGAGUGGAAACUGAUAAGAUUGGACGAAUUCUAGUCAAUGAAAGAUUUGCUACAAAUGUGUCAGGUGUUUUUGCCAUUGGCGAUGUUAUUCCGGGGCCAAUGUUAGCCCACAAGGCAGAAGAAGAUGGGUUUGCUUGUGUGGAGUUUAUUGCUGGUAAGAUAGGCCACGUGGACUACGACAAGGUCCCUGGGGUUGUCUAUACUCACCCUGAGGUUGCCUCUGUCGGAAAGACUGAGGAGCAGGUGAAGACACUUGGUGUAGAUUACCGUGUUGGAAAGUUCCCGUUUCUUGCAAAUAGCAGGGCCAAGGCAAUUGAUGAUGCGGAAGGGUUGGUCAAGAUAUUAGCUGAAAAGGAGACAGACAAGAUAUUGGGAGUCCAUAUCAUGGCACCCAAUGCAGGAGAGCUCAUUCACGAAGCAGUGAUAGCUUUGCAGUAUGAUGCCGCAAGUGAGGAUAUAGCACGCGUUUGCCAUGCGCAUCCAACGAUGAGUGAGGCAUUGAAGGAAGCUGCAAUGGCCACAUAUGACAAACCCAUACACAUCUAGGAAGUUGGCUAUUACUUUCCUUUCACUUUUUGGCUUCAAAGAAUUUUGGAAUGAUUACCUUCCAUUUUCUGAAUCUUCCACUCGUGGAAGCAGACGGUAUAUCCGAAAAUAGAAAUGUGCUGUCAUUUCACUGUUUUACCAUGACAAAAUAUUUUUGUGUUUUUAUUUGUGUUCUAAUAACAACAUAAGAUGGGUAUGUUGAUGUAAUGGGGUGCCAUUACGGUCUAUAUAACUGCCUCUAUUUUGUCUCAUUAUUUUAUACAUCAUGCAUUUAUAUAUAAAUGCAUGACAUUGAUGUUUCUGUAAAUGCACACAUAAAUGAAAAUGCUGUAAUGCUCUACUUGUUUGGACA